CUCCUAAUAGCCUGUGCUGCACCGUUGGUGGUAUGAUAUUGGAUUUUUCAAUAGUUAUAUACUUUUUCCCUACCGAUUUCUUUUUGGAUAUUCUGGGAUGUUUUGAUAUGGUGUUGGUUUCGUUUGAAAUGACAAACUUUUCUAUUCUUAGCUGUUAGAGGAGAUUGGUUCGUUAGCUAUGAGAAUUGCUUUCUGGGUUCGGAGUCUUUUUGUUUUCUCUCUUCUGGGUCAGCCAAAUUUCCCAGAUUCCGCAACUGGGUUUGCUACAGAACUGCCCAUAUCCUCUUCCGAAGCUAGGCAAUGUCAUGUGAUAUUUACUUUGUAGUGUCGGUACGAAUAUGAAGAAGAAAACUCUCAAUUCUUUAUACCUCUUCUGCAAAAGCAGACGGCCUCUUACUUCUUGGGCUCUUCCAAUGGAAACCGCAGAUACUUCAUUCUCAACUAUUGCCAGUGACCAUAAAUCUCUCUCUCUUACCUUGGCCGAACAGCUCAUUCGACGUGGCUUGUUGUCCUCUGCUCAGCAAGUGAUGCAGAGACUUGUCAAUCAUUCCUCGUCGGUUUCGGAUGCAAUUUCGGUUGUCAAUUUUGGUAUCGAACGUGGUUUGGACCUUGAUUUGGGUACCUAUGGUGCACUGAUUAAGAAGUUGGUUGAUUCGGGUCAGCAUCAGCUGGCUGAGGCUCUUUAUCGUGACAAUGUGUGUGUUAGAGGUAUUGAUCCUGACCCCUUGGUUUUGACUCAUAUGAUUAUUUGCUAUUGUAAGUUAGGGAAAUUAGAAGAGGCAAGCUUCCAUUUGGAUAAACUUCUUACGAAGAAUUCUGUUCCUUGUAAAGCUACUUGUAACAGCCUUCUUAAAGAAUUGUAUGACCGUGAAAUGAUUUUAGAUGCUUUUGAUUUUUUCGUUUGGAUUAGUAAUGCCAGAGUAUACCUGGGCUUUUGGUGUAGUCGGUUGAUUGAUAGACUAUGCAUUAGAGGCUAUAUGGAUGAAGCUCUCCAUGUGUUUGAUAUAAUGCGUGAGGGAAUUGGAUAUUUACCUACGGUUCACAUGUUCAAGUCAUUGUUUUAUGGUUUUUGUAAGAGAGGGCGGGUCCUUGAGGCUGAGUUGUUAUUUAGCGAAAUGGAGUCUCAUGAUGUGUACAUAGAUAAGACAAUGUAUACUUCUUUAAUUCAUGAAUAUUGCCAGAGUAAAAAACUGAAGAUGGCAAUGCGGGUUUUUCUGAGAAUGCUGAAGACAGGUUGUGUGCCUGAUAAUCGCACAUGUAAUACAUUGAUUCACGGAUUUGUAAAGAUGGGUUUGUUUGACAAAGGGUGGGUCAUAAGCAAACAAAUGGGAGAUUGGGGAAUGCAGCCCGAUGUGAUUACUUAUGGUAUUAUGAUUAGUGAAUACUGUAAAGAAGGUAAAUGUGACUCUGCAUUGAUGCUUUUGAAAACCAUGGUUAGUUGCAGUUUAACUCCAAGUGUGCACUGCUACACAGUGUUGAUCAAUGCACUUCACAGGGAAAAACGAUUUAUGGAAAUAGAUGAAUUGUACAAGAACAUGCUUAACAAUGGUGUUGUUCCUGAUCACGUGCUUUAUUUUACCCUUUUAAAAAACUACCCUAAGGGACUUGAGCUUCAGCUUGCUCUUAUGAUUUUGCAGGCGAUUGGAAAGAAUGGUUGUGGGAUUGACCUUUCUGUGCUCUCAGCCUCCAAUGACAAGUUUCCUCCUGGGGACCUAGAGCAAGAAAUUGAAAUCUUGCUUGGGGAAAUUGUCAGAAGAGACUUAAAUUUAGCUUCUGUGGCAUUUAGUGUGUAUAUCUGUGCCUUGUGUAUGGAUUGUAAAACAGAUGCUGCAUUGAAUUGUUUGGAUGGAAUGGCGAGUCUUGGUUGCAAACCUUUGCUUUUUACUUACAACUCCUUGAUCAAGUCUCUUUGCAAGGAGGGACUUUUUGAGGGCGUUGAAUCCCUAAUUGCCAUUAUGGAAGAGCAGGGCAUUAUUGCAGACCAAACAACAUAUUUGAUAAUGAUAAAUGAACUUUGUAAACAAGGUGAUCUGGAGUCGGCCCUUGGUGUUCUGGACCACAUGGAUGAUAUGGGGAUGAGACCUAGUGUUGCUAUAUAUGACUCAAUUAUAGCUUGUCUAGGCAGAGAGAAAUGUGUUCUAGAAGCAGAAAAUAUGUUUAAGAGGAUGCUAGAGAUUGGUGUUGAUCCUGAUGAGGUUGUUUAUACAACAAUGAUUAUGGUGUACCUGAACAAUGAAAGAGUUGUUGAAGCCCGACAGUUGUUUGAGAAAAUGAUGGAGAAUUCAAUACAGCCAAGUAUGCUUUCUUACACUGCCCUUAUAAGUGGAUUAGUUAAGAGAAACAUGACUGAUAAAGGAUGCAUUUACCUUGGUAGAAUGCUGAGAGAUGGCCUUUUGCCAAACGUUGUGUUAUACACCUCUCUAAUAAGUCAUUCCUUGAAGAAGGGUAAAUUCGAAUUUGCCUUUAGAUUAGUUGACUUGAUGAAUUACAGCCAGAUAGAAUUUGAUCUUGUCACAUAUAUUGCACUGGUCACUGGUGUUUCUAGAAACAUUCCUGUUAUUCAGAAUAAGAGGCACAUUCUAAGCAGACAAUCUCUACAAGCUUGGCAAAUGUUGUUUCAUUUGCUCCAUCAGAGUAAUCUGCUUCCGAAGGAAAACUAUUUACAAGUUCAUCUAACCACUUCCGAAGAAAUUAAAAGCUUUGCUGUCAAGUUGAUUGAGACGAUAGAAAACACAAGGUUCAUGCCAAAUUUGUACCUAUAUAAUGGUAUAAUUUCUGGAUUUUGUUGGGCGCAGAAGAUGCAAGAAGCAUAUGAUAAAUUUGAAUCAAUGCAAAGAGAGGGUUUAUGCCCCAAUCAAGUUACUUACACUAUUCUCAUGAGUGGACAUGUUCAUUCAAAUGAUAUCAAUUGUGCAGUUGGAGUUUUCAACAAGAUGAAAGCAGAUGGUUGUGACCCAGAUAAAAUUGCAUACAACACUUUGUUGAGAGGGCUGUGUAAAGCUGGGAGACCAGUGGAUGCCUUGACACUUUCCUAUGCUAUGCGCAAGAGGGGUGUUUUUCCAAGCAAGCUUUCUUACGAAAGUUUACUGAACUGUUUCUGUGCUAGUAGUUUAGAUGAUGGUGCCUUCAAGAUAUUUGAAGAAAUGAUUGCCUUUCAUUAUAUCCCUCGCUGGUUUAACCGUCACUGGUUGCUCUGCAUACUAUACGAAAAGAACAAGCUGCGGGAAGCUCGUUUUGUGUUUGAUUCCAUACUUGAAAGAGGGCAAGCAUGGAACAAUGAAACAGAGAGGAUAUUUGUUGCAAGCUGAGGCAAUUGAUGAGUGUAAAGUUCCUGAAUUGAAGUGGUAUUAUUUCAAUGAUGUCCAUCAUGGGAUUGCUGAUAAUAAGGUAUAAUUCACUUAACAAUGAGUACCUUCAAAUUUGCUCAUGCUACAAGGCAAUAUACGAGAUUCCUUUGGUCAUAUAAAACCCUUCUGACUGAAUUCCGGUAAAAGGUGAAUCAGCCAUUUUGUGCCUGUGCAUUAUUUAGAGUUCUUUUGGAAGGAUUCUACAUGCAGAUUUUAAUGAAAUUAUGUUGGCACUUGGUUCUGGCGCCACAUGAUCCAAUGCAAUCAAGCUAGACUUCUAAUUUCCACCUUGGAGGAUACAAAUCUUUCCAAGCCUUCAAAUUUUAGGUUUCUGUGGAAACAACUAACCACCAUGGAGAUAAGAUAAUUGACAGCUCUUUUGGAUUCAUACAAGGAUGAGAAGAACAUGGUUGAAGGUUCCUUGGGUGACAAAGCAGCUAUAGAUCUAAAACAGAAGAUUAUCGAACAUGUGUGCUUUCCAUAGACACUCCAAAGCUCGUGUGUCUGAAUUUUUAGGUUGCUGAGAAGCAAUGGUUGUUACCAAGGCCCUAGCAGUAAGGUUCCUCUAAUGUUAGUCUUCUUUCUACCAUCACUGACAUUUCUUGUUAAGCUAAAUAAUGUUCAUAACUAGUUAGAGUCAUUUUUGGUUGUAUUGCCCCCAAAAUUAAUGCCUGCAUACCCUUGCCUUUGAUUUCAGUUGGGAUUUGUUAUUGAGAAAAAACAUCCCUAAAACUUUUGGGACAACCAUCCGUGACUAAAUGAGUUAGAUAGGGAAUGUACACAGGGACUAACAAAUACGCAGGGAUUAGUGAAGACAAAUAUUUAGCAACUAUAGAGAUUUAAAUGUUUUAAGGUUGCCAAUUGAAGCACAAAAAGGGAGCUAAAUUGAGAAUUUCAGUUGCAAAAUACUAUCUAGAUUAUAAUUAUUAUUAUUAAAGAAGGUGAAAAUGUAAAUCAUUGUAUCCAAAAUCAAAAUUUGUAUUUAUAUUGCUUUUGAAAUUAUUAUUAAUAAAUAUUAUUGCAAUUAGUAGAAAUAUG